AAGAGUCUGUAAUGAAUCUCUUAAGCUAAUUGUAAUCAAUUGAAUCAUUUAUUCGAUUUUUAGGUUGUGUUCUUCGGAACCAAUAGGCUUGAUUCGUGAGAAUUGAGAUAUUAUCAGUGUUUAUGAUCCAAAUCAUGUUAUUGUACAUCUAGGUACAUAACAUUUGGUAUCAGAUUCACUUUCCUGGGUAUCAUUUAUCAAUGGAGGAACUUCAACAGUUCUUUGAAAUUCAGAGUUUAUCAAGUGAAAAAUGGGUGGAAAUGAAUGGAAAAAUUGUUCCAAUUAUGAAGCUGGAAACGUUAGAAAGAGAAGGUUUAGAUAUGUGUAGGAGGAUGUAUAAGAUGUGGUUGGAAACGACUAACUGUUCAUCUCGUGAUUACUGGCUUGCGAGAAGGAUAAAAUAGUUAGAUAUGGCAGAAAAUAAAUUAGAACAUAUCUUGUUCCUUAGAGAUACUGCUCCAUCUCUUCCAUCUCCUUGCCGAGUCAAAGUCGCUUCUACAGAUGGUGAUGAAUCUUCAGAUUUAGAGUUGAUUCCUUCUUAUUUCUUUGAAGAAGAUGAUGAUUCUAUCCAAUUGGAUUUAAUUCCCCAAUUUUUAUUUGUUGAAAACGAAGGUGUUGAUUCACUUCAAGGUGUGAGGGUACAAUUUGAGGAAAUUGCAAAAUCAUAUAUGAAUGUCUUCUCCAAGUUGAUUCAAGCCAAAAUUGACGGCGUGAAAGAUUUUGAGAUGCUAAAUUGCUUCAAUUUUUUUGAGGAGCUUUGCAAAAAUCCUGAGUACUUGAAGGAGUUGUUCUUAUAUCACAACAAGUUACUCUCUAUGGAUUGCUUUUUUCUCCAUCUUGAUAAUACUCGAUGCUUAUUUGAUCGAGCCUAUUGUAGCUGGUUUGAUCGAAUUCUUAGAGCCUAUAAUGCAUCUUUUGGAGAGGAACUUUCACAAACGAUUAUGGGCUUCAGUCGCGAAAAUAAUUCUGCUUGGAUUCCGGAUCCUUCUAUUAGACUUCCAACUGGUUUGCUUUAUGCUACAGGGGACACAUUCUGUGAACGGUGUAAGAGAGGAGCAACGGCGGACCAAUGUUUGUGUUAUGGUUGCUUUGCAGUCUUCAUUGUUAGCACGCAUUAUUCACAACCAUAUCCAUUUAAUACUUUCACUAUCUUGGUGGAUAAAUGCUUUGACUAUCGAGGAUACGUUCUUGAACUGGCCUAUAAGCUACGGUACCAUACAAAAUUUCAAUAUUUAUAUCUAAUCAUGUUUGUGUUGGUUGGAAAGGGUGACAGUGAUGUAGGUGGUAAGCUGCAAGACUGCCUACUCCAAGACGGCAACACAAUAACUCAGAAUUGCAAUGUUCAGUCUUUCGAUAUGCUUCUUACACAAAUCGGUUUCUACACAAUCAAUUUCAGCAAGGUAUACUUCUUCAAAUACAUAAUUCUUAUAGCUUUUAUAUGUGUCAGUUUACCUACUGCUGAGUUUCUUCGCAUCAUAUUUGAUCGUGGUAAAGAAAUUGCACCUGUAGCGAGAGGUUCUGUUUUUGAUAGACAUAUUUCCAAAUUCUAUUUUACUUCUUGUUUGAUUGUUAGUAAGGGGUUGAUUUUCACGGAUGCUUAUGAUGGCAAAUCUGCUUAUGAGCUGAUUUUGGAAUUUGAGUACCAUUUGGUUAUGUGGUUUGGAAUCUUGCAUGUGUUUGAGUUUGUUAUCGAUGGAGAAAGGUGUGAUGCUAGUCAGUUGGUUACUCAAAUGCCGCAUCCAGAUUAUAUUCUAUGGUUUAUUUUGAUACUUCAAAUGGCACGGAAAAAGGAGGUUGGCAGUACACCAGAACUGUGUGGUCAGUUGUUUCUCAUGGUUGCUAGUCUUGCGCACCUGAUGACACUUUACAAGCACAACCCCUUCGGUGGUUUUCACACUACAAUCUACACUAUUCCCGUGUUGCUCUUACCGCUACUACCACAGAUGACUCAUCAACAUGUAUUUGCAUCAUGGCCAUUUAUCACUGAAGUUUAUGCUGUCACUUGUGACAUAAAAUUCACAUAUGAGGUGAGGGUCUAUACUGCAGUUUCUGAACAACCAGAACGACUUGCAUCCAAAAGUUUUAUUCCUUGUCAAAUUCUGAAAGCUGAAGAAAUGUUGAAUCAGCUGCGUCAUCUUAUUUUGUGUAAGGUCAAGAUUGAUGGGGGAAGAGAUCAAUUGACUAGUGUGCUUGGUGAUACAGUGUUUAAGGACCUCACGAGGGUAUUCGCUGGCAGUUUGGGUACUGGUCUUUUAGCACAUAAUCAAGGGAACUACAAUGACUGUACCAACAAGUGGGAGAGGACCUUGCAUCUACAUCCAACAAUUUUUGUUUUUUUGACUCACUUAACUCUGCAUGUUGCUGCCACAGUCUGUGUAGUUGCAUUACUUUCUGAGAUUAGAAGGAACCUCAAGCAACAAGUGGAUCUUGACAAGUCCAUGGGCCACAUGUAUGAGAAGAUACCAACUGUUGAAGGUGGAAGUGAGCAAGAUCUUUGUGCAAAAUUUAUAUGGACCCUACGACUUUCAAAUUUCAAGGUAAGAGCUAUUGCUACUGACGGUGCAUUCCUAACACAAUCACAUGAGAAGACACUUAAACAAAAACAGUUGGCUUUAAUCUUCAUCCUUGAGGACAAGGAUGUUUUGGAGGGGAAGGUAUUGUCAUGUACCUGGCUAGGAGAGGAGGUGCCCAUAUCCCAUUUAGUGUCAGUAAAUAUAGUAUUAGAGACAAUAAUAGUACUUGGGUUAUUUUGGUUGUCUUUAUCAAUUGUAAGGGUGGCUUAGGAUGUAACCAUCUGGGUUGCCAGUGGUCGUUUGAUCUUAUGUAUGGUAGACCUAGAUAUAUAAUCCAAGAGUCUGUAAUGAAUCUCUUAAGAAAAUUAUAAUCAAUUGAAUCGUUUAUUCGAUUUUUA